AUGGGCAUCCUGGGCUUGUGGCCCUUUCUUAGAAGGAAGGGCUACGAAGCAGCUCUAUUCCAUCAACACACAGCCGUCUUAAAUACCUUUGAACCCGGCCGUAAGCGUCUUAUCAACGUACAGGCGUGCAUUUUCUCCACCAUUCGCUACGCAUAUUCAUCGUGCGCCACGGAUGACGAGGCACACCUUGUUGUCGAGCGUAAACUGGGAGAGUUUGCGACUUCCUCAAACUCGUUUCUUUAUCUGGAUGGCUCUACAGCAGAAGAAAAGAUACUCACUCACAAGUACCGAGAGGAGACCUGCACGAAGGCCUUGCUAACUGCCGAUGAAAGCACCACUGUGCUAAUGGAUCGCGUCAACAGGAACCUCCACGUUCGGAAACAACGUUUCCCCGCCAUCAGCAAACUGUUGAGGAAGGCCUCCGGAGGCGCGUCAAGCAUUUGCACAGCACCUCAGAACAAAGGGAUGGACGAUCAUCGAAUGCUCGACCGAUACUGA